AUGAUGCGGGGUCCCAUAGUGCUGUUCACUUAUCUGCUUAACAGCUGGACUCUUUGCGCCAUCGUACGAGCGCAUGUUGGAACGGCCCCUGGGAAAACACCACAGGUCCAGGCGCUACCCUCUCUACGGGAACAAGCGAAAUUGUUAGACAGAUGGACUGAAGAGCGUAAGGCUCUUAUCCCAGGGCUACUACGCAAAAAUGGUGUUGAUGCUUGGCUGAUGAGCCAACGCGAAUAUGCCGAGGACACUGUGUUUUGGGCUCUCAAAGAAGCCACGCAGUUCUCUGCUAGGCGACGAACUACACAUCUCUUCCUGGCCGACCCAGUCGACGGGGCGCCGUCUAGCUAUUCAUGGAUCGAGAACACGGAAGCAGUAUGGACAGAGCUGCGGCAGAUUCUGGCGACGCAACAGCCGCGUUCCAUUGCGCUGAACACGCAUUCGGAAAUCGCAUUCUCGGGAGGUUUGCAUGCUGGUGAACUCGAUGCUGUCGUGAAAGGCGUAGGAGAGGAGUGGAAAGACCGCUUUGUGUUGGAGCCUAUGCUAGGUGUCGAACUAGUCGCGACGAUGGUUAAGACUAGACUCCCGUGGUACCAGAAGAUGAUGGAAACGGCCUGGGCUAUCAUAGAGGAGGGGUUUAGCGAGAAGACCAUCGUGCCUGGGAAGUCUACAAGCUGGGAUAUCGAAUGGUGGAUGCGAGAAAAGAUACAAUCCUUGAAUUACACCACCUGGUUCCAGCCCAGUGUUUUCAUCUUAACAGGAAAAGGAUUCCCUGCUGCAGAUGACCCUUCCGUUUCAAUGGACGACCCUCGGGCACCCGACCGCCCUAUUGAGUACGGAGAUUUAAUCCAUACAGAUUUUGGCGUAUCGGCUCUUGGUUUAAACACCGACACUCAGCACAUAGGCUACGUUCUAUAUCCAGGAGAGACUGAGGCCGACGUGCCCAAGGGGAUGAUUGAAGGGUUGAAGAAGGUUAACCGUUUGCAAGAUAUCGUGAAGAGCAAUAUGAAAAUCGGGAUGACAGGUAACGAGAUCUUAAAGGCGUCAAUAGAGCAGAUGAGCAGCGAAGGUAUACAAGGCAAGAUAUAUUGUCACGCUACUGGGGAAUGGGGCCACUCGGCAGGGACAGUAAUCGGUAUGACGAAUCUUCAAGAGAAAGUCCCGGUUCUUGGAGAUCUUCCCUUAUUAAAGAACACAUAUUAUAGCAUCGAACUUUUCGCGGAACAUUUCGUCCCCGAAAGGAAUCGGACUAUUGUCUUCCCUCAGGAAGAAGAUGUGUACUGGGAUGACGCAACUAACAGCUGGCAAUGGGUCUACGGGAGACAGGAGGAACUUUUAUUAAUAAGAACACCUGCUAUAGAUGGUAUGGAAGCGCCGACGGAAUUGUGA